GCUUUAUACUUUCUGGUCAUUUCACCUCCCCAGAUCAAUUCAGGUCAACAAUGGCAAUUUCUCGUGAAUAUCCCGUGGUUCCACGCCAGAGCACACUGGCUCAGCUACCACCAGAGUCUCCCAUUGACGCGCAAGACCAGAUCUCCGAGCUCCUUUCCAGCGCCUCUCUUAGUCGCCUCGUUGUGCUUGACGAUGACCCAACGGGCACCCAGACCUGCCAUGAUAUCUCCGUCCUCACCGUGUGGGACAUUCCGACUCUACUCGAGGAAUUGCAACAAAGCUCAGCGCCGGGCUUCUUCAUCCUGACCAAUUCGCGCGCUCUGCCCCCGAUCGAGGCCGAAAGGUUGAUACGGACCAUCUGCGAAAAUGUCCUACAAGCUGCCAAGAUUGCUGGAACCACGGUCGAUAUCGUUUUGCGCGGCGACAGCACUCUCCGCGGUCACUUUCCCCUCGAAGCCGACGUCGCGCAGUCCGUCUUUGGUCUCGCAGACGCCAUUGUGCUCGCGCCCUUUUUCUUUCAGGGCGGACGACUUACCAUCAACAACGUGCACUAUGUAGCCGAAGGCGAGAAUCUCGUCCCAGCUGGUGCGACUCAAUUUGCCCGCGAUGCAACGUUUGGAUACAAGAGCUCGAACCUACGCGACUAUGUGAUGGAGAAGGCUCCCGGACGGUUCACGCCGGAGCAAAUCCAUUCCGUCACGAUUGAAGACAUCCGAGUGGGAGGACCCAAUGCUGUCUGCGAGAAGCUCCUAGCCAUUCCCAAAGGAGGCGUGGUGGUUGUCAAUGCUGCUGCUGAAUCAGACAUGCAUGUCUUUGUCGCUGGUCUUCUUCAAGCCAAAUCCCAAUCCCUGCUUGAAGGCAAAGCGAAACACUACCUCUACCGCACUGGCGCUGCCUUUGUGUCCACCACUCUCGGCAUCCGCUCCCAACCACCUCUCACGGCGCAGGACCUCUCCUUGCCAAAACCCAGACAAACGGGCGCCCUCAUAGUCGCCGGCUCCUACGUCCCCAAGACCACUGCCCAGCUGAAAGUUCUUACUGACCGCCGCGGCCCCUCCGGUUCCAACACCCUCGCCAUUAUUGAAUUGAGCGUCGAAGAGCUGAUCGCCUCCACCGAUCAGUCCGAGUCCGUGAUUGCCCGCGUUGUGAAGGAGGUCGAGUCUCAUCUGCUCGCGGGAACAGACACACUCGUCAUGACGAGUCGGCGGUUAAUCACCGGACAGGAUGAGUUGUCUAGUUUGGCGAUUGGAUCCAAGGUUGCGGAGGCGUUGGUGGAAGUGUUGAAGCGGGUGGAAGUUCGUCCGCGGUAUAUCAUUGCCAAAGGCGGAAUCACCUCAUCCGACGCAGCAACAAAAGGCCUGAACAUCAAGCGCGCCAUGAUCAUCGGACAAGCUGCACCAGGAGUGCCAUUAUGGCGAUGUGAUGAGCCGACGUCACGACAUGCCGGAGUGCCGUUUGUUGUAUUCCCGGGAAAUGUGGGUGGAGAGGAGACGCUGUGUGAGCUUGUUGCGGCGUGGAGUUGAAUUCUACUUCUUGAAGUAUAACGUGGAGGGGUGUAUCACUUCGACAGAUAUCAGUAGAUGUAUAUACGCAGAGAUCGAUAGAAGAGCACUUAGAAGCAUGCCUUAUCACCACCCCGAUAAGCCC